AAUUCAUUUGAGCAAAAAAAGUUGAUGGGGAUACACGAAACCGAUGUUUUAAUUUUUAAAAAACGCUAGAAACAUGGCAAACACGGGGCUGUUGCCUUUCGUUCGUGGUGUUGAUUUUACCUGCAAUGAUUUUAGUGGUGACAAAUUCCCAGAUGCCAUUCGGUACAUGACUGGGCUGCAAUGGCUCAGGCUAGAUAAAACCAACUUGGAUGAAAUCCCCGAGGAAUUGGGGAAACUGAUGAAAUUGGAAAAUUUGUCAAUUAAAAAUAACAACUUGGAAAAAUUGUUUGGGGAAUUGACAGAGUUAAAGUGUUUGCGUUCCUUGAACGUUAGGCACAAUAAUGUGAAAAGCUCAGGCAUACCGGCUGAACUAUUCAGGCUAGAGGAGUUAACCACACUAGACCUUUCUCAUAAUAGACUAAAAGAGGUCCCUGAAGGACUAGAAAAGGCUAAAUCUUUACUUGUGUUGAAUCUCAGUCAUAAUAAAAUCGAAAGCAUACCACCUACACUGUUUGUGCAGUUAACAGACCUGCUGUUUCUUGACCUCUCUAACAAUUCGCUGGAGACUCUGCCCCCUCAGACUAGAAGACUGGCGAACCUGCAGACUCUAAUACUUAAUGAUAACCCACUUGGACUAUUCCAGUUGAGGCAGUUACCAUCACUACAAAGCUUGGAGACUCUACACAUGCGUAACACACAGAGAACGCUUGCAAAUCUGCCAACAUCACUGGAAACCCUAUGCAAUCUAUCUGAUGUAGACCUUUCUAAAAAUGCCUUGACUAAAGUACCAGAAGCCUUGUACACUCUGCUGAAUUUGAAAAGGCUUAAUUUAAGUGACAAUGAGAUUACUGAAAUAUCUUCAGCAAUGGACAUAUGGCAGAAACUAGAAAGUCUAAACCUCUCACGCAAUAAGAUAACCGUACUGCCGGCGUCUGUGUGCAAACUGCAGAACUUGCGACGCCUUCAUGUGGACGACAACAAGCUGGACUUUGAGGGCAUACCCUCGGGCAUUGGGAAGCUGGGCAACUUGGAAGUGUUCUCUGCUGCUAAUAAUGUCCUGGAGAUGAUUCCUGAAGGACUAUGCAGAUGUGGCUCCCUAAAAAAACUAAACCUAAGUUGCAACAAGUUGAUCACGCUACCGGACGCCAUACAUCUGCUGAGUGACCUGGAAAGUCUACAACUACACGGGAACAGUGAGCUCGUGAUGCCGCCCAAGCCUGUGGAGAGGCCACGCGGCUCGGGCCUUCAGUAUUACAACAUAGACUUCUCUCUGCAAACUCAGUUACAGCUUGCUGGCGCAGCGACUCCCGAACUUGAUGCACCCAAUCUGACGGGCGCCAAGUCGGAUCCAAUAGCGCGAAAGCUCAGACUUCGCAGAGGUCGACCUGAACCUGAGCAGAAAGACUCGGCGCUCAUAUUGCGCGGCAUGCAGGAACAAGCUAAUACCCAACAUGGACAGCAGCUGCCAGAACAGCCCAAUAGCGAACUCAAACCAAAACGUUGGGACGAAAGCUUAGAGAAACCGCCUCUGGAUUAUUCGGAAUUCUUUGAUGAAGACACCGGACAAACACCAGGCUUACAGAUAUGGGAAAUUGAAAACUUUAUACCUGCUCCUGUGGACGAGGUGGCGCACGGAAAAUUCUUCGAAGGAGACUGCUACAUUAUAUUGAAAACUUCCAUAGAAGAACAGGGACAGUUAUCUUGGGACAUACACUUUUGGAUUGGAUCGAAAGCGACUCUAGAUAAAGGCGCGUGCGCUGCUAUGCACGCGGUGAACCUGCGCAACCUGUUGGGAGCCAAGCGCACGCAGCGCCACGAGCAGGGCGACGAGUCCCCCGAGUUCAUGGCCUUGUUCCCCACGCCGCCUGUCUACAUCAAUGGGAGCAGGACGCCCUCUGGAUUCUUCACUGUCGACGAUCCACACUACGUCACCCGUCUGUACCGAGUACACGGCGCGGGCAGCAGCAUACACCUGGAGCCGGUGGCAGUCAAGGCCGCCUCGCUCGACCCCCGAUACGUGUUCGUGCUGGACACGGGGCUCGUUAUUUAUGUAUGGAACGGCAAAAAAGCUAAAAACACAUUGAAGUCUAAGGCGCGUCUGUUCGCAGAGAAGAUAAAUAAAGAAGAGAGGAAAAACAAAGCGGAACUAAUAGCAGAGCCGCCCGGCAAGGAGUCAAAAGCAUUUUUACAAAUUCUCGAAUAUGAAGAAAAUUCGCCAUUAGUACCUGAGGAGCACGUGCCGGAGCAGUUCGCGUGGGCGUCGCCGCGGCUGUACCGCGUGGAGCUGGGCAUGGGGUACCUGGAGCUGCCGCAGGCGGGCGGGCCGCUGGCGCGCGACGUGCUCGCCACGCGCAACGUGUACAUACUAGACGCGCAUCAGGACCUCUUCGUGUGGUUCGGCAAGAAAUCGUCCCGAUUAGUUCGAGCGGCGGCCGUGAAGUUAGCACAAGAGCUGUUCAGUAUGGCGCCGCGCGAGCCGCACGCGCUGGUCACUCGCCUGCAGGAGGGCACUGAAACACAGGUAUUCAAAACUUACUUCGCGGGUUGGGAGGAGGUCAUCGCCGUGGACUUCACGCGCACGGCGGAGUCAGUCGCGCGCACCGGCGCGGACCUCGCCUCUUGGGCCAAGCAACAGGAGACCAAAACUGAUCUCUCAGCUCUGUUCACCCCACGUCAGCCGGCAAUGUCCGCUGCCGAAGCGAAAACCUUAUCCGACGAGUGGAACGAAGACCUGGAAGCGAUGCAGGCGUUUGUUCUGGAAGGCCGCCAUUUUGUUCGCCUGCCCGACCAGGAGCUGGGCAUCUUCUACAGCUGCGACUGUUACGUGUUCCUUUGCAAAUAUGUGUUGCCUGCUGAGGCUGAAGACGAAGCUGAAGGGGAGGAAACAGAGCCAGACGGCGAGUCAGAAGCCGAGAUCUGGGUGGUGUACUUCUGGCAAGGUCGCCGUGCGCCCAACAUGGGCUGGUUGACCUUCACCUUCGGGCUGGAGCGGAAGUUCAAGCAGCUGUGCCGACCCCUGGACGUGGUGAGGACCUACCAGCAGCAGGAGAGCCUCAAGUUUAUGGCACAUUUCAAACGACGUUUCAUUAUACGGGACGGCAAGAGGAACCACAAGCCGGAGAGCGGCAAGCCGCCGGUGGAGCUGUUCGAGCUGCGCAGCAACGGGUCGGCGCUUUGCACGCGGCUGGUGCAAGUGAAGGCGGACGCUUCCAACUUGAACAGCGCCUUUUGCUACAUCCUGAACGUCCCACUGGAGGGCUCGAAGGAGGCGUCCUCCGCCAUCGUGUACGUGUGGAUCGGCAGCAAGAGCGACGCGGACUGCGCGCGCCUCAUCGAGCAGAUCGCUAACGACAAGUUCAACAGCCCUUGGAUUAGUAUGCAGGUGCUGUCGGAAGGCAGCGAGCCGGACAACUUCUUCUGGGUGGCACUCGGCGGGCGCAAGCCGUACGACGCGGACGCGGACUAUCUCAACUACACGCGCCUGUUCCGCUGCUCCAACGAGAAGGGCUACUUCACCGUCUCCGAGAAGUGCACCGACUUCUGCCAGGACGACCUAGCGGAUGACGACAUCAUGAUCUUGGACAACGGAGAGCAAGUGUUCCUGUGGCUCGGCGCCAGGUGCUCCGAGGUUGAAAUUAAACUUGCAUACAAGUCGGCGCAGGUGUACAUACAACACAUGAAGACAAUGCAGCCAGAUAGGCCGCGGAAACUGUUCCUCACGCUGAAGGACAAAGAGUCGCGAAGGUUCACCAAGUGCUUCCACGGCUGGGGGGAGCACAAGAGACCUCCAGAGUAAAAUAUGUACACAUUUGUAUAUUUUGACCAUAUUAGUAUUAUUUCAUUACCACAGACAAAAGGAGAGAAUUUCCUAAACACUGACUUCUAGACAGAUUAGUCUACAAUAUAUACCUCUGACGUAUGCUUAGUCAGUGGCGUGCAAAAGGUUUCCAAGUAGGGUAGGGUAAAUUGUACAAAAAGAAAAAUUCAAAUGUCCAAUGCAGGUUCGUACUGAGUCCUCAUGGUAGGUAGCUUAGACGCCCGAGACUUCGCUCGUGUGGAAAUCGAUGUAAACUUUCAACCCCUCUUUCACCCCCUUUUAUUUAUGUUUUACCAUCCCCCUUCGAGCGCAGAAGCAUCGCCUGGUGCACGAAGGCUGAAAUAAAAACAGAAGGGAACGCACCUCUAAGGGCGUCUUCUAUGAGACUCGGGUCUCGGCUUGGAGGGCCAUUCGGGAGGGAGUAACCGUGACCUGAACUUUCGCAAAGUAACGCCUGCUUCUAUCCUUUUUUAAAGUUUUGGAAAAUCUUGAAUGACAUUAUUUUUGAACUUUCCGGGUAGUUCACAUACCAACUCAACUAAAAGAAUUUUAGUUUCCAAUGGGGAUGAUGACUAGGUUUGAAUAUAUUGAUUUUUAUGAUACAUUCGGGUAAAUAAGGUCAAUGUUAACUAAUUUAUACAUAAAAAGCAAAGAUUGACUGGAUAUUUGCAAAAUAAAUAAGAUUUUUUAAAUAGAAAAAUUUCAAAACCUAGUAAAAAUCUUUUAUCGUAAUUAGAUAAAAAUUCAUACAGUUUUAGCUUCCUUACAUUAAAUGUGACAUUUUUUAAUAAAUGAACUCUAAACAUAAACGCAGAAAUAACAAAGAUAUUAGUAAUUUUGUUUAAACGCCCAUACAAAUCUAACGAUCGUUAAUUGCCUACGACGUCAUAAGUGCGUACCAUUUUGUAUGGGGCGUUUUUCAGGGAUCCGCGGCAGCGCCGCAAAUCUGGCCCUUUAAAUCCCUGUAGCUCCGAAAGUAAUGAUCGCAGAUACCCUGUUCCUUUUACAAAAUUGCUUUACUAUUAGCGUACUUUUAAUUUAUAUACAAUUUAAAAAACUGUCAUCAUCCCUAUUGUAAAUAUAAUAAUUUGAAACUUUCUUACCUUUUCAUUUUCCUUUUAGUAUGUUUGUUGGUUUACAACGAAAAUGUUUUAUAUAUUAUGAGUAUGUACCUUUGUAUUGUUUAGUGAUAAAAUUGUAUGAACCAGUAUUGAUAUUUAUUGACACAAUCUGUGUGUAGGUAUAUCACGUGUCAUAUAGUUAUUUGUUCAGACCCAUUUUCAUUUCCAUAAACUAAUUCAGUAGUUCUAAUAUUAUAUGAUCACAUUAGGCUCAUGUUUUAUAUUCAUUUUUCUUGCUGUGACUGUGAAGUUGUACCGAAUAUUAUCUUUCAGUCAAGAUACUGACUUAGCUCAAACACUUUAACUAUAUAAAACUAGUGAUAUAUAGACACCAUUAACUUCAUUUGUUUGAUAAAUAAUUAUUAUCCCUAUGUCUAAUCUCAAUUCAAUUUCACCUAGCACAUAAGGAGCUUGAGCAAACAAAAUUAAAUAAAA